UCCCACGCCGGAAACCCAUCACCUAAUUACCUGUGGACUGGAGAUGGAAGAAACGUUUCGAAUCAGGUUAUUCCUGUAACGGCUAUAACAAUGGACAGGACUUACACCUGUAAAAUGACAAAUACAAUGAUUCCAACUUCCCUAAAUACAGUCGUUGGGUCUUCUUCGUCAACUGUGUCAGUCUUGGUUUUAUCUCGACCAACACACCCAGCAGUAAUCUGUCACUAUGGUCAAACUAACAGCAUAUCUGUUACCACCACAUUAAAAGUUAUAAAGGGAGACUCAUUUAAUGUAUCGUGUAUAGCUAAUUCUGUACCACCUUCUACACUGUCAUGGACAGGACCUCAAACAUCAAGUUCUGGAACAUUAAUAUUUACUUCCAUACAAGAACGUCAUGAUGGGACAUACAACUGUACAGCUAGAAAUUAUAUGGAACGAACGUUUGGAACACAGGAAGUAGGACAAAGUGCUACAAGUCUACAGAUACAGGUUUUAUGUAUGUAGCUUUAGACUUAGCAAUGAGGCAUAGCUCUACGUUUUCAUAUAAAAAUUCAUAUUGGUUUUAUAAUUGAGUUUACCUGAAAUAUUGUUAAAGACAGUUUUCUAAUAACUGUACCCAUUGAAGUUAGCUGUUGACUUUGGUAAAAUUGUCCUCACUGAGGUUGAGAAGACAGUCCUUCAUGCCAUCUGAAAGAUUUAGUAUGAUCUACGCAUUUAGCAGUACCUAAAGAACACAUGACAACGCUACAAAUGGU